GAUUAUCCCACUGCUAGUGGUUUACAUAAUAUUCACCACCAAACUUCAGAAUAUAAAGAAGAAAAGAUACCUGACAACGCUUCUCAAAAUAACAAUGCAGUGGAUGGAAUUUCUGAAGACCGUACAAUCAGGAUUUCCAGCAACAUGGGUAUUGAUGAUUUACGACCUACAUCAUAUGGUGAAGACUUCAGUGUCAAUACCAAGGGUGUUCCACAACGAAGCUUAACAAACUUAAUUACUGCUUCUCAGAGAUCCAGGAAAAACUUAGAAGCAAAAUAUUGUACUGUGAGAACAGAUGAUGGAAUCGUGUUUGAGGACAAGAUCUGUGAUCAUCCAAAUGAAGAUGUGCUUGAAUCCUUUCCUACAACAUCAGCCAAAGUUCAGGGCUUUUCACAUCCUUCCUUUCCAUCACCUGAUGCUCCCCUGAAACCUUCCUUUCCGUCAUUGGAGAACUGUGGCCUUACAGAGGUCCUUUUCCAACACUUUGUCUGUCUUUCAUAA